UGACACAUAUUGGUAUAUCUCAUUCUCAAGCGUAGACUUUAGUCUUCUCUUCCGCGAGCACAUUACAAAAGAAGCGGCGUCGUUUUGUCCUACAUUCCAGCGCACGAUUCCAACGGAAUAAACUUUCCGACUCAAUUUUCCUUCGAUUUUCUCGAGAAAAUCUAGCAUAGUCUCCGCGAAGUCUUCUGUAUAGAUUCCUCACCGUCAUGGACCGGAGGAGAACCGAUAGUCCAGUAUACACGCGGCAGUGGAGCGAGAAUUCCAGCAGCACCGGCUCAUCAUCGCCGGUGAUGUCGCCGGCGCAUCAUCAGUCGCGCCUCGGUCCUACUUCUACCGGCAUCUCCACCAUCAAGCGCACCCAAAACGUGGCGGCUAAAGCCGCCGCGCAGCGCCUUGCUCGCGCCAUGGCGACUCGAACUGUUGACGACGAUGAUGAUGAGGACGACGAUCUCGAGUUCGGUUUCAGCGUUCCGCCUGCGUCUGCUCAUUCUUCGUUAUCCAGCAACAGGAGUUCUACUGCUAAUGCUAACGUUAUCCCUCCGAUUUCAAUUGCGAGGCCGAAUAGAUCUCCUUCUCCUGCGUUAGGUCGGAACUUUGUAGAGCAUACACAGUCAGUGCGUUCAUCAUCUGCUGGAAGACCAGCAGUUUCAGUUCGUUCAGCACAGGUGGUGCCACCUCCCAAAUCCACUAUCCGAGCACCUAUGCCUGUACCUCCAAUUGAUCCUCCUACCAAUAGGAAUAGAGAAAAAAGGUUUCCACAAGACAUCACUAUAAGGCCACUUAACUCCAAAGACACGGGAGAUCAGCGCGAAGCUUCUGCACUCCGUGAUGAACUUGAUAUGCUACAAGAAGAGAAUGAUUCUUUAUUCGAAAAGCUAAGACUAGCAGAGGAAAAACGCCAAGAAGUGGAGAUCAGAUCCCGGGAACUCGAGAAACAGGUUGCUUCUCUUGGCGAAGGUGUAUCCCUGGAAGCCAAACUGCUGAGCAGGAAAGAAGCUGCUUUGCGUCAAAGAGAGGCUGCUCUCUUGGCUGCAAAACAAACACGGAGUGAAAGGGAUGAGGAUCUCACAGCCCUUCGUGUCGAACUUCAGAACCUAAAAGAUGACGCUGCAGCAGCAGAGGAACAACGGCAAGAAGCUGAAGCUGAAGCAAAGGCUCUUCGAACAAUGACAGAGAGAAUGAUUUUGACCCAAGAAGAAAUGGAGGAAGUGGUCCUAAAGAGAUGUUGGCUUGCCCGCUACUGGGGUCUUUCUGUAAAACAUGGCAUAUGUGCAGAUAUAGCACAGUCCAAGCAUGAACAUUGGUCCGCUUUAGCUCCUCUUCCUUUUGAACUUGUCACCUCGGCUGGACAAAAGGCUAAGGAGGAAUCUUGGAACAAAAGUGCCGAUGAUUCAGAUAGAAGCAAAAUUGUUCGCGACGUGAAUGAUCUUGCCGGGGAAGGAAACAUAGAGAGUAUGCUUUCCGUUGAGAUGGGUUUGAGGGAACUUGCUUCUUUGAAGGUUGAGGAUGCCGUUGUACUUGCAUUAGCCCAACACAGACGGCCAAAUUUGAUUCGGCAGUCUGUUUUAGAUUCCAAAUCACCUGGUGAUGCCAAAUAUUUGGAAGCAUUUGAAUUAAGUGAAGAGGAAGCUGAAGACGUUCUUUUUAAAGAGGCGUGGUUAAUUUAUUUCUGGAGAAGAGCUUUAUUUCAUGGUGUGGAAGAAGAUAUUGCAGAAGACAGGCUUCAGUUUUGGAUUGCCCGCAGUGGACAGUCACCAACUUCACAUGAUGCUGUUGAUGUUGAGCGAGAUUUGUUGGAGUUGAGGAAGCUGGGUAUAGAACAGCAACUUUGGGAAGCUUCGCGGAAGGGAAUUGAUCAGCCUUCAGGGUUGUCAACACUUGACAAUCAUAAACCUGCCUCUGACUCAGAUACCUCAUCGUGAUUGUCUGAGCCCUUUAUUUGUUGAAUGAUUCUUUGCCCUGCUUGUAAAUUUUUGUUUAGUUUUCUAUACAAGUUCUUUUUUCCUUUUCUGUACACCAUGUUUUCAACAUUAUAUUUGGGUCUCAUAGAAAGGAAGUAAGAAUCUUACGAUGGAAGGAAGACGGUAUUUGUGGUAAUAAACUACAUUAAACUGAGAUUCUUUUCCUCGUUCUCUUAAUUGAAUUUUGUAACUUGUGAAGCUUGUUUGUUAAUAUUUACAGUUAGUUUGCUAGUGUUUUUACUUGCUGGCUA